GGCGGCUGCGGCGGCUGCUGGUUCUGGUGGUGGGCUUUCCCAGGCCCCUCCGCCUCCCCGAAAAUGGCGAACCACCUGCCGCCGUGCGUCGUGGACGGCGGCACCGGGUAUACAAAACUGGGUUAUGCAGGGAAUACAGAACCACAAUUCAUUAUCCCAUCAUGUAUUGCAAUAAGAGAAUCGGCAAAGAUUGGUGACCAAGCACAGAGGAGGCUUACUCAAGGAAUUGAUGAUCUAGACUUUUUCAUUGGAGAUGAAGCCGUAGAUAAACCUACCUAUGCUACAAAGUGGCCUAUACGUCAUGGUAUUGUGGAAGACUGGGAUCUUAUGGAAAGAUUCAUGGAGCAGGUUAUUUUUAAAUAUCUUCGAGCUGAACCAGAAGAUCACUACUUCUUGAUGACUGAGCCACCACUGAAUACUCCUGAGAACAGAGAAUACCUUGCAGAAAUCAUGUUUGAAUCUUUUAAUGUGCCAGGACUUUACAUUGCGGUUCAGGCCGUGUUGGCUUUAGCUGCGUCUUGGACUUCACGGCAAGUUGGGGAACGUACUUUAACUGGAACUGUUGUUGACAGUGGUGAUGGUGUGACCCAUGUCAUUCCAGUGGCAGAAGGUUAUGUAAUUGGCAGUUGCAUCAAACACAUCCCCAUUGCAGGUAGAGAUAUUACAUAUUUCAUUCAACAGCUCCUAAGGGAGAGGGAGGUGGGAAUUCCACCCGAACAAUCAUUGGAGACAGCUAAAGCCAUAAAGGAAAAGUACUGUUAUAUUUGUCCAGACAUAGUGAAGGAAUUUGCCAAGUAUGAUACAGAUCCACGCAAGUGGAUAAAGCAAUAUACAGGCAUCAAUUCAAUCAACAAAAAUAAAUUUAUCAUAGAUGUUGGUUAUGAAAGGUUUCUUGGGCCAGAAAUCUUCUUUCAUCCAGAGUUUGCCAAUCCAGACUUCAUGGAAUCCAUUUCAAAUGUGGUUGAUGACGUUGUACAGAACUGCCCCAUUGAUGUUCGGCGCCCUUUAUAUAAGAAUGUGGUUCUUUCAGGAGGAUCCACGAUGUUCAGGGAUUUUGGGCGCCGGCUGCAGAGAGACUUGAAGAGGGUCGUAGAUGCUCGACUGAAAACCAGCGAAGAGCUCAGUGGUGGUCGGAUAAAGCCCAAACCUGUUGAAGUUCAAGUGAUAAGUCACCAUAUGCAGCGCUAUGCAGUCUGGUUUGGAGGAUCAAUGCUUGCAUCAACAUCAGAGUUCUUUGAAGUAUGUCACACCAAGAAAGAUUAUGAGGAAUAUGGUCCUGGUAUUUGCCGCCACAAUCCUGUCUUUGGAGUUAUGUCUUAAUUCUCGUCGUGUGGUGGUGCCUGCUCUUGUGUCUAAUGGAGAUCCUUUUGCUGGCGAGGAGAAGAAAGCACUUUGUGUAAAUAUCAGAACACAAGUGUGGAUGUUCGCUUGCCUUGGGGAGGAAGACUUCAGUCCUACUGUGUGCAGUGGAAUCAUGCGUUGCAAUGAAAUGGACAACCCAGAACCUUUUGAACAAAAGUCACACGUAUGCUAACAAUUUGAGACUCUCCUCAGCAUUAGCUUCUAGACGUAUGGGGCAGCUCCUGUUUGGAAGAUGGUGGAAACAGGAAUUGCAGGGAUAAACAGAGGCCAAGAAUAAAAGAAGCCAAAAUUGCUGUAAAACUUCUGGAACAGGGAAGAGUGCUCAACAGUUUCCUGCAUUGAUCUCGGCCCUGUAGCCCAAUAUGUAAGGAGGAGAUUUUAUGCUUGAAAAUUACCCCUUCGAUUUCAGUGGAUCCUGUUGAGACUUCAUGGUCUUCCCUGAACAGAUGAGAUUGUAUAAUGGGGCCUUAGUUUGUAGAAAAAUUAAAAGUACUGUAACCUUGCAAUAUAAAUGUUUUAUUUUGGAGAAUUUUGUAUUUUAUGACAAUUAUCGGGUGGGUUUUCUGAGUGAGCACAAAGAACUAGCGAUGCAUGAGGAUUGUGGGAGUGAUGCAACAUUCUGGUUGAGAAAGGCAACCCAGGGGGCUCUGUUUGAGUAUGUAAGUGUGUUUUUGAAAACGGUACUGGUUUUUAUGUGAGUGAGAUGAAUUUUUAAGCCUCUGAAAGUAAUGUAUGAGAUUUAUUACUGCUAUUUAUUUAAUUAAUUCGUGUUUUCUUUUUUUAAUUUGGGGACUAGUAAGUAGUAGUUGGCUACUGAUCAAAUAAAAGCUGUGAACAUGUUCACACAGAUAACUGUU